UAUUACACUGGUGUAAUAAGUUAAAGUGAGACAAGUAUAUUUUUUCUCAUUCUAACUUAUUGCAACAGUGCAACUAGAAAGAACAGACCACAUGUUUUCUAUAGUGUGCUUCCAUGUGUAUGAAUGCCAUGUUAUACGUGUAUAACUUUGAAGAAUAAAAAAAAACAUUGAAAAAAGAAAAUUAUAAAAUGGUAUAUUGUAAAGCGUGUGGCGUGACCGGAAAAGCUCGAAAUUAUGGAAUAACAUUUCAUUGGUUUCCAAAAAACGAAAGCCAAAGGAAUGCCUGGAUCAGUUUCGUAAAUAAGGGAAAGGAAUCAAAUACAAAUUUUAAGUGUACUAUGCUCUGCUCACAACACUUUGAAGAUUCAUGUUUUGACAAAACAUCACGUGUGAAAAUGAGAUUAAAACCAUUCUCUGUGCCUACAAUAUACAUUUCAAGAGCAAAAUAUUCAAAAUAUGAAGACACUUUUACUAAAGUUAUUACAACUGCACCUUCAGAGAAUGAAACAUUUGCUGCAAAUAUUGUACCAGAUGUGUCAAUAGAUGCUACAGCGAUGGAUUCCAUAAAUAAUGAAAUAGUGGAGAAAUCAAUUUCUUCAAAUAAUUGUGAAACAUCUGUUGUAAACAUAUCAGCAGAUGCUGCAACAAUAUGUUCCAAUGAAGAUAAUGACAUGGCAGAAAAGUCAAUUGAUAGUGAAGUGAAUGAUCUCUUACCAAUAAAUACAUCAGAUGAUCAAAAAUUAACUGAUAUUAUAUCUAAUAAUGAAGAGUUGCUGCCACUUAAUUUUAAAAAUAAUGUUUCAUUCAACAUUUUACCAAGCGAUACACCGAGAAAGAUUGUAUUAAAGAAGAAAAUUAUAUUGAUGGGACAAUUACUUGUUGAAAAGUCGGCUCUGAUUAGAAACUUACAAAAGAAAAAUUGGAAGCAGAAAAAACGAAUAUCUAAAUUAAAAUCAAUAAUAUCAGAACUUAGUAAAAAAAAUCUUAUAUCUGAUGACACAUUAAUGCAUGAAUUUAGACCAAAUAAGCAAUUAAAUACUUAACAGGGAAGGCAUAUGAUUAUGUGAGAAGAAAAUUCUACAAUACUUUACCACAUCCUAAAACACUUAGCAAAUGGUAUUCAACUAUUAACGUAUUGCUAGGAUUAUCUACAGAAGCACUAAAAAUGAUCAAGCAAAAGCAAAAUCAUCUGAUCGGAUUGUAUGCUCGUUAAUAAUGGAUGAAAUGGCCAUAAAUAAAAAAAUAGAAUUUGAUGAUAAUAAAUAUUAUGGAUCAUCUAAAUCUCAUUUAGUGGAAAAAAAUACAAUUGAUUGGUACAUACACUACAAAACGAGAAGUAUCAAUAGAAAAUUUGAAUUUAAUCGACUUAGCUGAAUUUGAACGUUUAAAUUGUUUGAAGACUAAAGAACCUGUCAGAAUGGUAGACACAAAAAAUCAACAAAGUCUUUAGCAAAUCUUGGCAAUGUCAUUUUAGCGCUUUUGAAGAAACAGGAACAUGUUCCUUACAGAAAUUAACGCAUUUACUCAUUUCUUAUCUAGGAGGCAGUGCCAAAACUUUGAUGUUACUAAAUGUAUAUUGUCUCAAUAUACUGCUGUAAGAUUUAUUCGACAUUUAAAAAUACUUUUGCAUAAUAUGUAAAAAUAAAAACAACUUUGAUUAUAAACACAUCAAAUUUGUUUGAAAUUUAAUUUUAAAAAUAUAUUUUAUUAUCAGUUUUCUAUCUUUAAAUUAUGAAUUAUUCAAUGCUUGUAGUCUUGUAACAUAAGUAUUAUAAUAUUUGCUGUUAUCUCUAUAAAAUUAUCUAGAUAAUCUAAAAAAUAACUUAAUUUUAUUACAUUUAUUAAAAUGUAUAUGAAUACCUUCAUCGGCCGCGGUGGCUGUUCUCAAGUUUAACUUCAUCCCAAUGGUUGCGAAAUUCACACACUGUGGCGUCACUGCUGCUUUUAAUCCUUGCUCGUGACGGUUCAUGACGGUUUUACAUAACCUCAAUAUGAACCGUAGGGCAUUACAUCAAAGAUCGUUUUACGAGCUACUACGGGUUUUAUCGAAAUAAUCUUUAAUAAAGGAAGAAAAAAAAGGAGAAUUGUUAGAAUGAAACUCACUCACAUCUUUUAGUACCUGAUUCUUAAUAUGCCUACAACCUUCAUGCGAUUCUCGUUCAAAUCUAAUAUGCUGCACUCUGCGAAGUCACAAUUAACGCGAUUCUACUCGAUGAAGCAGGGCCCCAGGAUGAAGAACCAUUAUGACACAUUGAACAUAACGCCGCACGCCACCCAGAACGAGGUAAAGUCAGCGUACUACAAAUUGACCCUCCAAUUUCAUCCUGACAAAAACAAGACCGAGUAUGCCAAGCAAAGGUUUCAAGAUAUCUCUGAUGCGUAUGAAGUGCUCAGCAACCACGAGCAGCGUAGGAUUUACGACCGAAGUAUCCUAGUGCGUCGGCAGCCGAUGUCGAGUACUACCGUUGAGGAACCCAUGUCCAAUUACAGGGAUAAGGUUUACUCAGGGUCGUCAAAGAUUUAUAAUUUUGAUGCAUGGACACAGGCGCAUUACGGACAGCAAAUGCAUGCGACACGGAUGAGGAGACAGGCAUACGAGUAUCAGAAGAAGACGGAGGAGAUGCGAGGUGGUUCUAAAGACAAUCCUCGGUUCAUGGAAAUUGCAGUGUUCUUCCUCACUCUAAUAAUGAUUACUUACAUCCUGCGGGAGAAUCCUGAUGUGCCGAGACGUAAAAGAGAGAGAGAAAGUAAAGAUACUUGAAAUUAGUCCACGUUUAUUUAUUGGAAUAGUAUAAAUUUGUAUAUAUGUUUUCACAUGAAUGUACAAAUGUUAUUUUUAUGCUCACCUAUCGUUACUAGUAAAGUAAAAGGACAACAUUAAAUAGAUCAUGAAGAAUGACAA